ACAGUCGAGGAUGUUGACAGGUGCAGCUCCAGGAAGUAGAUGAUGUGUAUUUUCUGUAUACACAGCUGUGCUGAUGCCGAGAAAACCACAGCCGCUGUCUGAUUAAUGUAGUCGUAGUUUCAACGCUGUAACUUACGCUUUUACGACUGCGACGCGGAGCUAAUUCAAGCGAGCUAGCUAACGUCUGAGAUGAAAAAACUAAGCUAAAUCUCCGCGGCUUCGUUGUUGACUCCCAGUUCUCAUGCCGACCGUGUUUCCCCUCCUGUCAGCCGCCCUUGGUGUCUCCAGGCUGGGGUGGAACUAGAUGGGGCCGCGUAUCACCAGGUGAUGGCGGACCUGAACCUGGGCUCAUCAUGGCUGCAGCGACGUUGUGGCGUUACACCAGCGGCCGCUUCCUCGGGGGGUGGGGCCCGCUGCUGUGCGUCGCACUCGGCUCUCUUGUCGCCCUCUUGAUGCCCCUGGUCGAGGUGGAGGACCGGUGCUGUGCUUCCCUGAAGGGCAUCGCUCAACUCCGCUGCCAGCUAUGGGGAAGUUCACCGCAGCCUCCAGCUGUGCAGUCCACCAGCCUCACUGUCCCCUUCACUGCCCUCGAUCUGCUGCCUCAGAGGUCCAAGCCAACCAAAGAGAUGGUGCUGGAGGCCAAAGCGGCGCUGCAGCAGGCUCUGGAGAUGAAGAAACUUGGGAAGAGGGAGAAAGCUCACAAGCUGCUGGUGCAUGCACUUAGUAUGAACCCGGAGUUUGUGGAUGCCCUGACGGAGCUGGGGACCAUUCUGGAGGAGGAGAAGGAUGUCGUCCAGGCCGACCACCUCUACACCAAGGCCCUGGCCCUCUCCCCGUGUAACGAGAGGGCUCUGGUCAGCCGAGACCGAACCCUCCCGUUGGUUGAAGAGAUUGACCAGCGUUACUUUAGCAUCAUAGACAGUAAAGUGCGCCAACUUAUGUCUAUUCCCAAAGGCAAUUCUGCACUCCGCCGGGUUAUGGAGGAAACCUACUACCACCACAUCUACCACACGGUGGCCAUUGAAGGCAGCACACUCACUCUGUCUGAAAUUCGUCACAUCAUUGAGACGCGCUACGCCGUCCCAGGGAAGAGCCUUCAGGAGCAGAACGAGGCUAUCGGUGUGGACGCAGCCAUGAAGUACAUCAACACCACACUGUUGUCCAGAUCAGGAGCCAUCACCGUCAGUGACAUCCUGGAGAUUCACAGACGUGUGCUGGGCUACGUGGACCCCGUGGAGGGAGGGAGGCUGCGCACCAGCCAGGUGUUCGUGGGCCACCACAUCCCACCUCACCCUCAGGACCUGCAGAGACACAUGCAGGAGCUGGUUCAGUGGCUCAACUCUGACGAGGCCCUGCAGCUGCACCCUGUGGAGUACGCCGCUCUCGCCCACUAUAAACUGGUGUACGUGCAUCCGUUCGUGGACGGCAACGGGCGCACAUCACGGCUGCUCAUGAACCUCGUGCUCAUGCAAGCCCGAUACCCACCGAUUACUAUUCGAAAAGAACAAAGGGCAGAAUAUUAUGCAGCUCUAGACACAGCCAAUGAGGGUGAUGUACGGCCCUUCAUUCGAUUUAUUGCCAAAUGUACAGAAAUAACAUUGGACACUUUGUUAAUUUCUACAACAGAGCACGCUGUGGGGCUGCCAGGAGCCGGCCAGGACCAGGCCUGUCCCGACUGCAAACAGACCAUCAUAGGCCACAACUGACAAAGGGAACAUGAGACGCUAGCAUGCAGGGAUAAAUGUCCAAAAAAAUUCUUUUGAGCUAACCUUUUCCUCCGCCACAUCUGAAUUUAUCAUUCCCUUCUGCCAGUUUGGUUUCAGUACCUUCUGAUUUCUCUGAAACUGCUGCAGGAACUGAAAUAGGAUUUUAUUGUCUGGGUUUGUUGCCAUUAGGUCAUUUCCCUUAACAAUGAAAAUAACUUUGUUAGUUUUUUAGUUUGUAACAAGACUACCACGAGUGUUAAGCAAUUUUGACUCCCAUCAGAAUACAAUCUCUGACUCCUGCUGACAUGUUUGUUGUUUGACUUGAGAUGUUUCCAUGACUUUCACUGUGGAUGUGCACAGUGUGUGAACGUUUAGUUCCUUAUCUUUGGGAUAAAAAGGAUGUCUGCUAACACUGUAAAGCACUUUCAUCUGCCGGAUUAUUUAUUUUUAUUUUAAAAUAAAAGUGUUCUAUCAACUUUCA